UUAGAAGGAAAAAAAAAAAAGAAACGCGUAUAUAAUAUCAUGAAAGAACAUAAUUAUUUUAAUGAUAGUAAAAAGAAAAGUUGUCGAUGGCCCGAUGGAAGUAUAAAUUGUACUGAGAAGAUAAAAGAUUAUGAUGAACAUGAUUCUAAAUUAGAAUGGUACUUAGAAAUAAGUUCAAGUGAUGAUGACGAAGAUGUUGAAGAUAAGCCUCUUUCCUAUUUAUUAAAAAGAGAAUUUGAAAAAGACUUGAUAAAACAGAGCAAAAUUAAAAUUUGUUCAAAUGAUUCAAAAUCAUUGAAUGAAAACCAACUUUGUGAUGAAUCUACUAAUAAAAAUAAUCAUAGUCUGUUAAAUACUUCUAAUUACUCAAGUAAUAAUAUAAUUAGUGAAAAUCAUGUAAUCAAUGAUGGAAAACAAAGUAAAAUUGUACAAAUAGUUCCAUUAACUAAUACUGCAACCAUUAUACAGAAUCAAAAGAUUACAAAUGAAUCUCAGACAAAAUUGCUCGGUCAAUCAUGCAAGGAACUUAAUUAUAAAAGAGCAAACAUUGAUCUCAACGAUUCUAAUGAGCAAACAUUUUCUUCGAGCUCAUCGGAUACAAACAAUGCAAUAUUUGGGAUGCAAGCACACUCUUCAUAUAAUAAUGUUACAAAAACAUCUCCAAAAAAUGUAUGUCCACCAUUUCAAUGGAUUCAUUUAAUAUAUUUAGCUAUAAAAAACUCCGCUACAGAGAAUGUAACUUGUGUUGAAAUACAAAAAUUUGUCAGAUAUUGGUUUCCCUAUUUCAAGAACCAAUCAUAUAUUGGUUUUAUUAACUUUUUAGUAGAUCGUUUAAAUUACUCCAUGAAGAAUUUUUUUCGUUGUAAUGCAUUACCAAUUAUUGAUAAAGAAAAUACAUGGACUAUUAAUAGUGUCCAUAUAGAUGCGCUGGAAAAAAGUUUAAUGACAGUUGUUGAAAAUAAUGAAUAUGAAAUAAAAUCAGCAAUGACUAAUCCUGAUAAAUUAUCAGUACUAAUAAAUGGAUACAGUGUACUUCAUUUGGGAUUUAGCCAAAAUUUUUAAAUUAUUAAUGUCUUCUGGAUAAACAA